AUGCGCAUUUAUCAUUUGAUGCUACGAGAAGUUCUGCUCGCUGUUGUCCCCACCAUAAGAAAUGGAACGGUGAAAUGUGUUGGGAGUUUGCCCGGGAUCACAAAUGCCUUGACGGUUUCAACCUUGAUGGCGACAAAUGUGAGCAGUAGGCUUUGCAAAAGCCUAAAUGUCCCCGAGGAAGCGAUCUUCGUGGACGCGUAUGUGUUAGCAAUACGCGACCUGAGUGUCGUGAAGGAUACUCUCUUGAUAAGGGCCUGCGCGUUCGAGAUAGGAAACCAAUCUGCUCAAAGAACUUCCAUUACGAUAUUGCCCGUGGAGAGUGUGUGUCCAAUCAUUGCCCGGCAGGCUCUGCUCAUAGGCCAUGACUGUGUUCUGGGCGAGAAUCCAUUUUGCGAAUUCGGGUUCACCUUUGAUGGAGAACGUUGUGUCUCUGACAACACAUCGCCAUCUUGUGGUAACAAUGAGUAUCUUGAGGAUGGACAUUGCGUGGUUCUGGAGCGACCUAGCUGCCCUCCCCAAACGACCUUUUCCAGCACCGGAUGUGUAUCAUUCCAGUUCGUUCCGAAAUGCAAACAUAGGUCUUUCCCUGACGACCGCAGACAAUGCGUGGUUGAGAAGACGACCAAUUGUCCCCGAGGUACAGCCUGCAAGAAGUCAGGUUGUAUGGCCAGGGUUCCUAUCUGUGUGGAGGGUGCUGAGUACAACGACCAAACCGAACGUUGUGUCAGCAUCAAGGGUCCCAGUUGCCCUCUCGGCCACAGUCGAAAGAAUGGUGUAUGUCAACCAGACUUGGAGAUACAAUGUGAGAAAGGGUUUACUCGUGAUGGAAAUCAAUGCUGCAAGAAGCCUGAGUGCAGAAACAACUUCUAUUACGACCACGAGCUGAAGAAGUGUGUGGGAACUACAACAUUGCCACAUCCAGACGACUAUCCAGAAGAUGGUGUAUGUGUCCGUGGACCAACCACAUGUCCCGAGGGAUACCAUAUUCGGAACUGGAGAUGUGUUUCGACUUCUGUUCAGUGCGAAAGAGGCGCUAGAUACAACAAAAAAACCGGGUUUUGUGAGGCUGAUGCCGAUGUUAUUGAAUGCCCUGAUGGUACAGAAUUCAAGGACGGUUGUUGUUCCCGUCGUUCAUCAGGAGAUUACUGUGCCAGCGCCACGUGGUGCGGUCCCAAGACUUCCCCUAUUGGCUCAGGAGGUAGUAUGAGCUAUACGGUGUGGGAGUUGAACACCACCCAUCGUUCUCUCGCCCAGGAUGCAGAUUUACACUAUCAAGAGAUAGACGGACGCCACGAAUUCGAAAGGCAUCAUCUCAUGGAAGAUGAUUUUGAGACUGCGGAGGUUGAGGAGAAGGUGAUGGAUGAAGAAGAUUUUGAUGCAGAGGAAGCACAAGAAGAAAUUACGGAGGAACGGGGCGAAUGGGAAGAAGAUGAAGAAGAUGAAUUUGGGGAACUAGAAGAGGAAUUUGACGCUGAGAAGGUCUAG